UUAUGCCGGCCCUCAGACCCCUCAUCAAGCCUAAGAUCAUCAAGAAGAGGACCAAGAAGUUCAUCCGCCAUCAAUCUGAUUGCUGUGUCAAAAUUAAGUGUUACUGGUGGAAGCCCAGAGGUAUUGACAGCAAAGUCCGCAGAAGGUUUGAAGGCCAAACCUUGAUGCCCACCAUUGGGUAUGGUAGCAGUAAGAAGACAAAGCACACGUUGCCUUCAGGAUUCAGAAAGUUCCUUGUCCACAAUGCCAAAGAGCUGGAGGUGCUGAUCAAGUCCUAUUGUGCAGAGAUUGCUCACAACGUUUCAUCCAAGAAUAGGAAGAUAAUUGUGCAAAGGAGCAGCUCAGCUUGCUAUCAAAGUCACCAAUCCAAAUGCCAGACUGUGCAGUGAGGAAAAUGAAUAAAUAGUUGCUCUUGUACAACUGUAUUAAAUAAAAAGUAAA